UCUGCAGUCGGCGGAGCCGGUGGGAUUUCCCGGCGCUUGCCCCACCAGCGCUGUGGGACCAUGGCGAGCGACGGGUCUCCGAGCGGCUGCUGCGCGGCCCCGCGGCCGCUGCGCUCCGCGCAGGCCGUGGACGUGGCCUCGGCCUCCAAUUUCCGGGCUUUCAAGAUGCUGCACUUGCACCUGGACCUGCGGGCCGAGUUCGGGCCUCCCGGGCCCGGCCCGGGCAGCCGGAAUUUGAGCGGCACCGCGGUCCUGGAGCUGCGCUGCCUGGUGCCCGAGGGCGCCGCCGAGCUGCGGCUCGACUCGCACCCGUGCCUCGAGGUGACGGCGGCGGCGCUGCGGCGGCAGGCUCCCGGCUCGGAGGAGCAGCCCGCAGAGCCCGUGCCCUUCCGGACGCAGCCCUUCUCGCACUACGGCCAGGCCCUGUGCGUGGCCCUUCCGCAGCCUUGCCCGGCCGGCGAGCGUUUCCAGGUUCUGCUCACCUACCGCGUCGGGGAGGGACCCGGGGUUUGCUGGCUGGCUCCGGAGCAGACUGCAGGAAAGAAGAAGCCUUUUGUCUAUACCCAGGGCCAGGCUGUCCUAAACAGGGCCUUCUUCCCUUGCUUCGACACUCCUGCAGUGAAAUACACAUAUUCAGCUCUUAUUGAGGUCCCAGAUGGCUUCACAGCUGUGAUGAGUGCUAACACCUGGGAGAAGAGAGGUCCAAAUAAGUUCUUCUUCCAGAUGUGUCAGCCCAUCCCCUCCUAUCUGAUAGCUUUGGCCAUCGGAGAUCUGGUUUCGGCGGAAGUUGGACCCAGGAGCCGGGUGUGGGCUGAGCCCUGCCUGAUCAACAAUGCCAAGGAGGAGUAUAACGGAGUGAUAGAAGACUUCCUGGCAACAGGAGAGAAACUUUUUGGACCCUACGUUUGGGGAAGGUAUGACCUGCUCUUCAUGCCCCCAUCCUUUCCAUUUGGAGGAAUGGAGAACCCUUGUCUGACCUUUGUCACCCCCUGCCUGCUAGCAGGGGACCGCUCCUUGGCUGAUGUCAUCAUCCAUGAGAUCUCCCACAGUUGGUUUGGGAACCUGGUCACCAAUGCCAACUGGGGUGAAUUCUGGCUCAACGAAGGGUUCACCAUGUAUGCCCAGAGGAGGAUCUCCACCGUCCUGUUUGGCUCCGCGUACACCUGCUUAGAAGCUGCAACUGGCCGGGCUCUGCUUCGACAGCACAUGGACCUCACUGGCGAGGAAAACCCACUCAACAAGCUCCGAGUGAAGAUUGAACCAGGUGUCGACCCAGAUGACACCUACAAUGAGACCCCCUAUGAGAAAGGCUUCUGCUUUGUCUCCUACCUGGCCCACUUGGUGGGUGAUCAGGAUCAGUUUGACAAUUUCCUCAAGGCCUAUGUUAACGAAUUCAAAUUCCAAAGCAUCUUAGCUGAGGACUUUCUAGAAUUCUACUUGGAAUACUUCCCUGAGCUGAGGAAGACGAGAGUGGAUACCAUUCCAGGUUUCGAGUUUGAUCGGUGGUUGAACACCCCUGGCUGGCCCCCCUACCUCCCUGACCUCUCCCCCGGGGAUUCGCUUAUGAAGCCUGCUGACGAGCUGGCCCAGCUGUGGGUGGCCAGGGAGCUGGACAUGAAGGCCAUUGAAGCUGUGACCAUUUCCACCUGGAAGACCUACCAGCUGGUUUACUUCCUAGAUAAGAUCCUCCAGAAAUCCCCUCUGCCUCCCGGGAAUGUGAAAAAACUGGGAGAGACUUACCCAAAGAUCUCCAACUCCCAGAAUGCGGAGCUCCGGCUUCGAUGGGGCCAGAUCGUCAUUAAGAAUGACCACCAGGAGGAUUUCUGGAAAGUGAAGGAAUUCCUGCAGAGCCAGGGGAAACAAAAGUACACCCUCCCGCUGUACCAUGCGAUGAUGGGGGGCAGCGAGGUGGCCCGGAGCCUGGCCAAGGAGACCUUCACGGCCACCGCCCCCCAGCUCCACAGCAACGUUGUCAACUACGUCCAGCAGAUCGUGGCCCCCAAGGGCAGCUAGGGGCUCAUGGGCAUGCCUCCGCCUCUUCAGGAUACCGUUCCCAGAUUCCAGUUCUCCGGUCAAAUUCCUGAAGUUGACACACCCUCAGAAAAAUCUGUUCUCUGGCUUGGUGGCUGUGACUUCUGGGCCUCUGUGCUGGUGGGAACGUCUCUGGCUCGGAGGUCCCCAGACCAGAGAACCUUCCAAGCCGGCUGCUGGCUGUGGUGAUGACAGGCAGAAUUCUCCCCCAUCCCCACUCUCCGGGAAGAGCAGAGAGGGCUUUCUGGUCCUUUCUCUUCCUUCCUCUUCCCUCUCCUCUCCUUUCCUUUUCUUUUCUGAUUCUUGAAGUACUAUGCAAAGGGCUGCAUUCUGGAAAUUCUUUUUUUUUCCCCAGGUUUAAUCAUUAUUUUAAUAAAUCUUUUUAAGUGAAAAGUA